AUGUCAGACACCGAGAAGACCAAUCCAGAGGGAGUUGUCCAUAACGGGGACCAGCAGAAUGUUGUUUCCCGAGUAAGCAACUUACCGUUGGUGAGUUCUGCUUGCGGUGCGGUUUGCAACGCGUACACUAGCACCAAAGAUAGCGUGCCCAUGCUAAAGGGAGUGAUGGACGCGGCCGAAAGCGGUGUCCGGAACAUCGGAGCGGCCGCCGCCACGGGAUCAAAACCUCUUUUGAACAUUAUAGAACCGCAACUGGCGACAGUGAAUGAAUACGCGAUGAAAGGGCUCGACAAGAUGGAGGAGAAGCUGCCGAUUCUUCAACAGCCAGCAGAAAAGGUGGUGUCAGACACGGUUGGAAUGGUUUGCCAGUCAGUAACCGGUGCCAAAGACGCCGUGGUCGGGGCCGUGAUGGGUGGCGUGGAGAAGACCCGGGCGGCCGUCAGCGGCGGCAUCAGCACCAUGAUGGGAACCAGCGUUGGCCAGAUGGUGAGCAGUGGCGUAGGCAUGGCUCUCAGCCGCUCUGAGGAUUGGGUGGACCAUAACCUGCCGCUCACUGAGAGAGAGCUGGCUGAGGUGGCGGAGCCCAACAUUAAUGAGGUCUCAUCAGCCAGCCCGAGCUACUUUGUACGUCUAGGGAAGCUUUCUGCCAAAGUGCAGGAGAGAGCCCUCCAGCAAUCCCUAGUUCGUGCCAGACGAGCCAGAGACAGCACACGCGCUGCGGUGGCCCAGAUGACCAGCACACUGGACCUUCUCGAGAGUGCCCGGGCCAGUAUGGCUUCAGGCGGCAACCAAAUCGGAGGCGCAAUAGAGCAGCUGCAGCAGCGCUGGACUGAGUGGAGCCAGAAGCAACGAGACGGUGGGGAGGCUGAAAUGGAUGGGGAGGCUGAUUCUGAGGGGAGCAAGGAUGAAGCAGAGCGUUUGGAGUGGCGGGUGCUCUCAAUGGCGCGAGGUCUGAGCGAGCAGCUGCGUACAGCGAGUGCCAAUGUGGUCUCGAGCGCUCAGGGUUUACCGGGAACCGUCCAGGACCAGCUCACCAAAGCCAGACGCUCUGCUGAUGAGCUUCAAGCUUCUCUAUUGGACACCAGCGCCCUCACGCCCCUCCUGCUGGAGAGGAGCCGUCACCACUUGACCCAAGUUCAACAGUCCCUAGAUGGUGUCACAGAGUACUUACUGAACAACACACCACUCAACUGGUUGGUGGGACCUUUCGCCCCGAUGAUCACGGAGAGGAUGGCGGGAGAAGAAGAGGCUGCUGGGUCACCUCAGCAAAAGUCUAAUGUUUCCUAA